AACUAUGGCUCGUCGUAAUUCUCGCAAUCGUCAGCCUACUCUGUCUCCACCUCCGUCUCCAUCCCCAUCUCCACCUCACCAGCAGGCUCCCAAUCCGGCUGGGGCUCAUCUCAAAAUCAUGCUCCAGUUCUGGAGUCUAACUCCGCCAGAAUUUCAUGGGACUGAAGGGCCCGAGGCUGUGGCAGAGUGGAUCCGUCAGUUAGAGCAAAACUUUGACCUUCUGCAGUGCUCUGACGAGCAGAAGGUUAUUUGUGGCCGUUAUAUGCUUAAGAGAAGUGUCGCCUUAUGGUGGUCCGACUAUUGGAGGUUGAGGCAGGCGGAGUUUAAUGUCCUGACUUGGGAUCGCAUGAAGGAGGUGAUCAUGGAGAAGUAUUAUCCUCAGGGUUAUCGCAUGAGGAUGGAGCGCGCUUUCUGGGAUCUUACUCAGGGGACUGGUACCGUUGAGGAGUACGAGCGGGAGUACAACCGCAUGAGCGCUUUUGCUCCACAUAUGGUGGACACCGACCUGAAGAAGGCCCACAAGUUCCGGGAUGGGCUGAACCAAACCCUCCGUAUGCAUGUUGCUAGCCAGGGAGAUCUUUCCUUUAAUGAUACC